AAGAAAACAAGUAAACAUUCUCAAGUCUCGCGUAUUUCACCUAUUUUCAUUCUUAUUAAUUCUCGAAACCUCUUCCUUCUUCUUCUCCAAACACACCCUAGUGAAUUAAAAAAGUAAUAUAUAGAUGUUCUUAGCUGAUUGAAAUAGCCAAAACCCAGCUCUGUUCUUCUUCAAACCGAAGUUUCCAACUUCACUGAGUCUUAACAUCUGAGCUCGUUUUUAUCCAAAAAGUUCAGAUUUUUGUUGUUGUUGUUGUUGUUGUUGUUGUUGUUGUUGAGUUUUUGGGUAUAGGGUGUUUACGAUUUAUCUUUCGAUUCCGAUGUUGUCCAAAAGUGUUUUUACUGUCUCUUUUGUAAUCAUUUUGUUGUACGGAAGCUUGUCUUUCGAAGUCGAAGGGAUUGGUGUGAACUGGGGCUCACAGGCGAGUCAUCCGCUACCUCCGGCGACGGUGGUGAGGCUUCUCCGUGAAAACGGAAUCCAAAAGGUUAAACUUUUCGAGGCCGACACGAAGAUUCUCAGAGCUUUAAGUCGGUCGGGGAUUCAGGUUAUGGUCGGAAUCCCUAACGACUUACUUGCUCCUUUAGCUGGAAGCGUUGCAGCCGCAGAGAGAUGGGUUUCUCAGAAUGUGUCUGCUCAUGUCUCCUCCAAUGGCGUCGAUAUCAGGUAUGUGGCAGUUGGGAAUGAGCCUUUCCUAAAGGCAUUCAACAAAACAUUUGAGAGCAUAACUCUUCCUGCUCUUCAGAAUAUACAAUCUGCACUCAUCAAAGCCGGUCUAGCUACUCAGGUGAAAGUCACAGUGCCGCUUAACGCGGAUGUGUAUCAAAGUGCGUCUAAUCUGCCUUCGGAUGGAGAUUUCAGGCCUGAUAUCAGGGAUCUCAUGAUCGAGAUCGUUAAGUUUCUGAGUGAUAACCAAGCUCCAUUCACUAUCAACAUCUACCCUUUCAUCAGUCUCUACGAGGACCCGAAUUUCCCAGUGGAGUUUGCUUUCUUUGAUGGAACAGGUACUCCUAUAAACGACAAUGGAAGAAUCUACGACAAUGUUCUUGAUGCAAACUACGAUACACUCGCGUGGUCGUUGCAGAAGAAUGGAUUUGGGAACUUGUCUAUUAUUGUUGGGGAAGUUGGGUGGCCAACGGAUGGAGAUAAAAACGCAAACAUGCAGUACGCGAGGCGGUACAAUCAAGGGUUUAUGAACCGUCAAAAAGCUGGUAAAGGAACACCUAUGAGACCUGGCCCAAUGGAUGCUUACUUGUUCAGUCUUAUCGAUGAAGAUGCUAAAAGCAUUCAGCCAGGAAACUUUGAGAGACAUUGGGGGAUUUUUUACAUUGAUGGACAGCCUAAGUAUCAGCUCAGUCUUGGAAACGGUAAUGGGCUGAUCCCGGCUAAGGAUGUGCAGCAUAUGGCAAAGAAAUGGUGUAUUCUUGCUCCAUCAGCUAAUCUUCAGGAUCCUCAACUAGGACCGAGCGUGAGCUAUGCUUGUGACCAUGCUGAUUGCACCAGUCUUGGGUAUGGCUCCUCUUGUGGUAACCUGAACCUAGCACAGAAUGUUUCGUAUGCGUUCAAUAGCUAUUACCAGGUAAGUGAUCAGCUUGACAGUGCGUGCAAGUUCCCGGGUCUAUCUGUGAUCAGUGCCAGGGAUCCUUCUGUUGGGAGUUGCAAAUUCAAGAUAAUGAUCAAGUCAGAUUCUUCAGAUUGUGAAGCAAGUGCCAGGAUGCCUUUAACACGAUCAAUGGCAGUGUUGCUACUCAUCUCGAUGUGUCUGUAUAUUGUUCUGUGAAUACUGAAGAAAUUUCGAUGGGUUUGAUUAUUUCUUUUUUUUUUUGUGGCAAAACUUUGGUGUUUAUUGGUGAAACUAUAAAGAUACACUCAGAUUUAUGUAUUUCUUACCUGUUUGAUCUCUUGUUUCUCGGGAGCUGUUUGGUGUUCACCGUUUAUACUUUGCUUUUCUUGUUUGU